CUUGUCCCAAAGCAUCAUCCGCAUGUGAAUUUAAUGACAAGAAGCCUCGCAAGCAGCAAUGCCCAGGGAUGAAGCUCAAGAUCUACUCCUGGUUGACCAGAAUGGGAUUGAUAGACUGGAGUCUCAGUCUUUGCUUCCAGGGUCUCCCAGUGAGGAACGUGAUGGGGUAACCCCUAUUAAUACGACUCCCCAUUCCCCAUUCCCUUCUCUCAAUGAAACACAACAUCAGCGGCAGUCCUCAUUCGCCCAGCCGGUUCCCGAAGGACAACGGCGCACUCCUCGCACCUUAAAUCGCGUUCGGUUCGACCUUGAAGAUGACACAGAAGACGAGCGUCGAUCGAACGACUAUCCCCGAAGCUCAGAGGACUCGUCGUCAUGGCUGGAAGAGGAGGAUUACGCGCGCGGGGGCAAUACUCGGUCAGGAAGGAGUGUUACAGGACAGAUGGUCCCGCUUCUGACAGAUAUAGAAGCUCCGAGUGUCACUCUCGCAACAUCCGAAGACUUCUUUCCCGAGGAGCAUCUCGAGAAUGCUCGACCGAGAAGUGGAAUGCGAAUGGCAUUUAUGAACAUGGCCAACAGUAUCAUAGGAGCUGGCAUUAUAGGGCAGCCUUAUGCACUUCGACAAGCGGGCAUGCUGAUGGGCAUAACGCUCUUAGUUGCGCUUACAGUUGCUGUGGACUGGACUAUUCGCUUGAUAGUGAUUAACUCCAAAUUAAGCGGCGCGGAUUCAUUCCAGGCCACUAUGCAGCAUUGUUUCGGGAAGAGCGGUCUCAUUGCCAUCUCCAUUGCGCAGUGGGCCUUUGCUUUUGGCGGCAUGAUUGCCUUCUGUAUCAUUGUUGGCGAUACCAUUCCGCAUGUGCUUAGCGCACUGUUCCCUUCACUCCGAGACAUGUCUUUCCUCUGGCUUCUGACCGAUAGACGAGCAGUAAUAGUCCUUCUUGUUUUGGGUAUAUCCUACCCACUUUCUUUGUAUCGGGAUAUUGCUAAGUUGGCAAAGGCGUCUACUUUAGCGUUAAUAAGUAUGAUGGUCAUUGUGGUCGCUGUGAUAACGCAAGGGUUCCGUGUCCCUUCUGAAUCUCGGGGUGAAGUGAAAAGCCUGUUAUUUGUUAAUUCCGGUUUUUUCCAAGCUGCUGGAGUGAUAUCUUUCGCAUUCGUUUGCCACCACAACAGUCUCCUAAUAUAUGGUUCUCUCAAGAAGCCGACCUUGGAUCGCUUUGCGAGGGUGACCCAUUACUCGACCGGGGUGUCGCUCCUGAUGUGUCUGACUAUGGGUAUCUCGGGCUUUCUUUUCUUUGGGUCACAAACCCAAGGAAACGUGCUCAACAACUUCCCAUCGGAUAAUAUUAUGGUUAAUAUAGCGCGGUUUUGUCUCGGCUUGAACAUGCUCACAACUUUGCCAUUGGAGGCUUUUGUAUGCCGCUCUGUCAUGACAACUUACUACUUCUCCGAUGAGCCCUUUAACAUGAAUCGGCACAUCAUCUUCACGUCGGCUUUAGUUGUAUCAGCUAUGGCUCUGGCUUUAAUAACGUGUGACCUUGGGGCGGUAUUUGAACUAAUUGGGGCAACAAGUGCCGCUGCUUUGGCAUACAUCUUUCCUCCUCUUUGCUAUAUCAAGCUAAGCAAUGCCCCUCGAAAAGCCAAGAUUCCUGCAUAUCUAUGCAUUGUGUUUGGGGUAACAGUCAUGGGUGUUAGCUUAAUGCAGGCAGUUGCAAAAAUGAUCAGUAACGAGGGUGGUGCCGGUACCUGCAGUGCUUAGACAGAGUAACAACUAAGCCAAUCUCCGACGCUUCUUUUAGGUCUUUUCUUCUUUCUUUCAAAAGAUAAUAGAAUUUUGUUAUACCCCUCUUUGGGCUGGUGUACAUAU